AUGGAGAUAGUUUUUGGCCGUUGGCCAAUGGCCUGUGACUUGCCAGGCCUGCCUCGUCAAAGCGUGAGGUGUAUUGAUGCCAGCCAAGCGGCCAUUGCCCUUGUCAGACGCAGCUCUGGGUCACAAAGGUGAAGGCGGCACAGGCGAUCUGACGAAUCAGUCGGCAAUUGGCGAGACCAAUGACGGCCUGCCUUUGCCUGUGAAGAAUACAUUCAUCGAUGUGCCAUCUGGAUUUUCACCUUCACACACUCCGACGGACAAUAGCCAGCCAGUAAGCACUGCCCCGGCACAGGUGCACUACCAGGGCUUUGUGAAAAGGGCUGUGCUGGACUCCGUAGAAGAAAUCUCAGCAGCUCCUGAUGGGCUAUGUUCACAAGGAACAAGAGUCCCACCGGUUCGGUCUGGAUUGGCCGCCAAUAUUCUACCAGCAACUCCGCCACUUAUGACUCCUUCACCCACCGGAACCUCCUUAUUUUCAGACACAAGGUACGAGCUCUUUGGGGGCCCUUUGCCACUGAAGGAGGUGCCACCAACAGUGGCACCAUGUUCGAGUCAAACAGCACCUGCAACUCAAGAGUGCGAAACGCACUCAGGGUUCCCUUUGUCUGUCGCUCCCAGCCAGGCCUCUGUGCUCUACCAAAGCCAGAGUCAGCAUGGAUAUGGUUUUCCGACUCCGCCAAAUCCAUCCUGUGGCUCACUUUUUGCUCCAGUCCGUGAACCUGCUGGAGCCUUGGGCACCGAAUUUGCAAGGCUUGCUCUGGGAAAGCCCGACAGUGACGACGAAGAUGCAGACUCAGAAGCAGAGCGGCAGCAGGCUGCGCUAGCUGCAAGUGGCAGAACGAUUGAAACUGCUCCAAAACCACCUCCGGGUGCUUUGCACCCGUCAUUGGGCUCAGAGUUUCAUGAGAGUGGCAAUUGUAAGAGAUGCUGCUUUUAUCCCCGAAACAGGUGCUUGAAUGGCUAUGAGUGCGAGUUCUGUCACUACGAGCAUGAGAAGCGCAAACGUAAAAACAAAAAGAACAAAAAGAAAAAAGCGGAGGCUGGGGACCAAAUGGACGACUUCUUCGCUGAAGGUGCUUUGACUGAUCUUGGGUGGCAACCUGGACAGAUGCAGCCCGUUCAGAUUCCCCCACGGAUUCCUCCUGCGCAGAUGACCCCUACUGCGCCACAUCCACCAGGUGGCGCCCCCUACAUGGAUGCCCCUUUGACAUACCAGUGGACUGAUGGAGUGCCUGGGCAGACGCCGCCACCACCAAUCAUCCCUGGAUAUGAAGACUAUGUGGCUGCAUGUUGCAGCCGGAGAUUGCCUGGAAUAGAGCCGCCUGCCCUAGCCACAAACCCACCACCGCAGCAGCAGGCCCAAGCAUACUAUGAGAAUCAUGAGCGCACGCCAAACUACCAUGGCCCGGGCUAUGAAGCUCCAACACAGCUCAUCCCGCCAUACUUUGGUGCGCCCACGUCGCCAGCUCCAGGCGCGCUUGACCCUGCAGCUGCUCCAUGGGUCCCGCCUACCUCACCCCCCUCCGCACAACCAUCACAGAGUACAGCAACACAGGCUUCAGAUGCCCACCAAACAGCAUCACGGUCGACAAGUGUGGCGGUAGCGCCAGAAAAAGCAAAAACCGCCUCUGUUGAAGAGAGUCCUGCCGAUGCAACAAAGACAGGCACACAUUCAAAUGGAAGUGGGCUGCAAGAAAAUGAGGCGUUGGACGCUCCAAGCCAAGCGCAGCUCAACCUGGACAUGCCAAAUAUGCCACCACCUGAUUCCUCCCCGAAAUUGAGCACAGAUCUCAUGACUUUGCAGCAGGAUCCUCCGCCUCCAGAUCAAAGUCCUACAUUGCCUACUUGAUCCGACAUUGUCAUGCUGGAAUGUGUGGUGAAAAGGGCCGCUCUUGCUUGACUUUGCUGGCAAAACAUGUGAGCAGUGAAUGCGGGCGUCGCGAGACUAACAAAGGUCGGAUUUGUGGGAAGAGAGCGAUCAGAAAA